AAACAAAGGAGACAUUUCAUAACCAAAAAGAAAACUAUGUCAGUUUCAGCAACUUCGUCGUUAAGUCCCCCAAUUCCUAUUGCUUCCUCCAACUUCUCUCGACGUUCAGCUGACUAUCAUCCCACCGUUUGGGGCGAUCGAUUUAUUCAAUAUGUUUUGGAAGCUACGGAAGUGGAUGGAAUCAUCGAUGAGCAUUUUAUAAUAUUAAAAGAAAAGGUGAGAAAGAUGCUAGUCCCUGAGAAUGAGAAUGCCAUAAGAUCCUUGGAGGAUGCUAAAUUGAUUGAUUCAAUCCAACGGUUGGGAAUAUACUAUCAUUUUGAACACGAGAUUGAACUUGUGUUGCAAAGUAUUCAUCAUAACUAUGUUGAAAAUGGUGUAAUAACUCAAAUUGGAGACCUCUGUUCUCUUGCCCUUGUCUUUAGGUUACUUAGGCAACAAGGAUAUCACAUUUCGCCUGGUAUUUUUAAGAAGUUCAAGAAUGAGGAAGGAAAAUUCAAUGAAGCACUUACUACGGAUGUUGAGGGAAUUUUAAGCUUGUACGAAGCUACACAUCUCAGGAUUCAUGGAGAAGACAUAUUAGAUGAAGCUCUGGCUUUCACUUCCUCACACCUUGAGUACAUGACCACCCAAUUGAGCCCCUCUCUUGCAGCAAAAGUUAAUCAUAGUUUAAAGUGGCCACUGUACAAGAACUUGCCAAGACUAGUGACAAGGCAUUACAUUUCUACUUAUGAAGAAGACCCUUCCCAUGAUGAAACUUUGCUACUGUUUGCCAAAUUAGAUUUUAACGUACUUCAAAAACAACAUCAGAAAGAAGUUGGUAGUAUUUCAAAAUGGUGGAAAGAUUUGGAUUUUGCAACAAAACUUCCUUUUGCACGUGAUAGGCUGGUGGAAACAUACUUUUGGUCAUUAGGGGUGUAUUUUGAGCCCCAGUAUUCUCUCGGUAGAAGAAUAAUGACCAAGGUGACAUCCAUGGCAUCAAUAAUUGAUGAUAUAUAUGAUGUUCACGGCACAUUUGAAGAGCUACAUCUUUUUACUUAUGCAAUAGAAAGGUGGGAUAUUAGCUGCAUGGAUUUUCUCCCAGAAUAUAUGAAAAUUUGCUAUCAAGCACUCUUGGAUAUUUUUAAAGAAAUUGAGCAAGAGAUGGACAAAGAAGGAAGAGCAUUUUGUGUAAUCUAUGUUAGAAAUGAAAUAAAAAGAUUGAUCCAAGCAUACUUUGCUGAAGCCAAAUGGCUAAAUAGCAAUUACACACCGACAGUGGAAGAGUACAUGCGUGUUGCACAAGCAUCUUCUGGUUAUCGUCUGCUCACAGCCAUAGCCUUUGUUGGGUUGGGAUGUAUUGCUACGGAAAAGGUUUUCCAGUGGUUAACCAGUGAUCCUAAACUUAUAAAUGCUUCAACCAAAAUUAGUAGGCUCAUGGAUGAUGUUGUUUCCAACGAGCUUGAACAAAAGAGGGGGCAUGUUGCCUCUGCCCUUGAGUGCUACAUAAGGCAACACAGUGUCACAAGACAAGAUGCCGUUGACGAAUUAUAUAGACAAGUUAUGAAUGCAUGGAAGGAUAUCAAUGAGGAAGGCCUUGAACCUGCUGAAGUGCCAAAGCCUCUUCUCAAAGUAGUUCUCAACCUGUCACGAGUAAUGCAUGUGCUUUACAAUGAUGGAGAUUGCUACACCCACUCUGAAGGAUCAACAAAGAAAGACAUUGCUGCUCUCCUAUUGAAUUCAUGGCCAGUAUGA